AUGUACAGCUUCAACACUCUGCGAUUCUACCUUUGGGAGACCAUUGUAUUCUUCAGCCUUGCUGCUUCCAAGGAGGCCGAAGCUGCCCGCUCUGCACCCAAGCCUAUGUCACCCUCGGACUUCCUAGAUAAGCUCAUGGGGAGGACUUCUGGGUAUGAUGCCAGGAUCAGGCCCAACUUUAAAGGUCCCCCUGUGAACGUGAGCUGCAACAUCUUCAUCAACAGCUUCGGCUCCAUUGCUGAGACAACCAUGGACUACAGGGUCAACAUCUUCCUGAGGCAGCAGUGGAAUGACCCCCGUCUGGCCUACAAUGAGUACCCUGACGACUCCCUGGACCUUGACCCGUCCAUGUUGGAUUCCAUCUGGAAGCCUGACCUGUUCUUUGCCAACGAAAAGGGAGCCCACUUCCAUGAGAUCACCACUGACAACAAAUUGCUGAGAAUCUCCCGGAAUGGCAAUGUCCUCUACAGCAUCAGAAUCACCUUGACGCUGGCCUGCCCCAUGGACCUGAAGAACUUCCCGAUGGACGUACAGACAUGUAUCAUGCAACUGGAAAGCUUUGGAUACACCAUGAAUGACCUCAUCUUUGAGUGGCAGGAGCAGGGGGCGGUGCAGGUGGCAGACGGACUGACCCUGCCUCAGUUUAUCCUGAAAGAGGAGAAGGACCUGAGAUACUGCACCAAGCACUACAACACAGGUAAAUUCACCUGCAUUGAGGCCCGAUUCCACCUGGAGCGGCAGAUGGGCUACUACCUGAUCCAGAUGUACAUCCCCAGCCUGCUUAUCGUCAUCCUGUCCUGGAUCUCCUUCUGGAUCAACAUGGAUGCUGCACCAGCUCGUGUGGGGCUGGGCAUCACCACUGUGCUCACCAUGACCACCCAGAGCUCUGGCUCCCGAGCCUCCCUACCCAAGGUGUCCUAUGUGAAAGCUAUUGACAUCUGGAUGGCCGUUUGCCUGCUCUUCGUGUUCUCGGCUCUGCUGGAAUAUGCGGCCGUGAACUUUGUGUCCCGGCAACACAAGGAGCUGCUGCGAUUUAGGAGGAAGCGGCGACAUCACAAGAGCCCCAUGCUGAAUCUGUUUCAGGAUGAUGAGGGUGGAGAAGGCCGCUUCAACUUCUCCGCCUAUGGGAUGGGCCCAGCCUGUCUGCAGGCCAAGGAUGGCAUCUCUGUCAAGGGUGCCAACAACAACAACACCACCAACCCCCCUCCUGCACCAUCCAAAUCCCCGGAGGAGAUGCGGAAACUCUUCAUCCAAAGAGCCAAGAAGAUCGACAAGAUAUCGCGCAUCGGUUUCCCCAUGGCCUUCCUAAUCUUCAACAUGUUCUACUGGAUCAUCUACAAGAUUGUUCGAAGAGAGGAUGUCCACAACAAGUGA